CGCUUCAAAAAGACAAAAAGAUACACUGAAAAAAAAACGCGUCUGAGUUGCCAGCUACAACGUUCGUUUUAUAACAUUCGUGUUGUAUUUUAAUAUUAGACCAUGUUAUCAUCAAAAAACUGCAUUGAUUCUACAUGACAUACUAGCAGAUCGUUUCUAAAAAUUUAGCUACUUUUUAUUAAUCAAAUUACAAUUUUGUUCAAAUUCAUAAUUCUAUCAAUUUAUUUUCUAUCAAAUUAGCUCUUCUAAAAUGACGACCUCAGAACACAUGAGGUCUUCUGCUGAAAAAAUUAGUGUAGACAACGUCGGAAGUCUUCUGGCGAGCUCGUCUUCUGGAAAUUUCAUGUCAAGUUCAAACAGGAUGAAUGGCUCCACAUUUACUACGUCAUCAUUUCACGUGUCGUCCGCCCAAAAUGGACGACAUGAAAGUCAUUCACAUGGCCCCAGUCAAACAGGAGGUCUAAUUUGUCAUAAACUGUAUGAAGACAUGGUCCAAAAGUACAAGUCGAUCGCAGAACAGUCGCAGCAGGAGCUAGCAGUUGCCCAACAUCGAGUGAAAGUCCUGGAAACUGAACUAGAGGAACAGAAAACAAAAUCUGAAGCUCAAGAGAAGCUUCAAAGUACUUCCAAAACCGCUAAAAACUCACUGGAGGAAAACUUGCAAAAGCAACUCGCUCUUUCGUCAUCGCUUCAGAACUCGUACAAGGAUCUAGACGAGAGGUAUAAGUUGAUUGAAACAGCGUACCAUGAGCAGAAGAUCGAACUGGGAUCCACAACCAGUGCUCUGGAAGAACGAACAGUCCAGUUGAAGCAUUCAGAGGAGCAACGAAUCAUGUGCCAAGAGCACAUAACUAAACUGGAAGAAACGAUCGCUGACUUCUCCAAGGCGGUUAAAGAAAUCGGGUUCAUAGUUUUCGAAGGCCAAGAUAUUGAACACCACUCUGUACCUGAUCUUCUGAUUGAGAUAAAAUCCAACGUUGAGAAUAACUCUGGCAUCUCGGAGAAGUACAACAACUUGAAACAGACUAUGGACGGGCUGGAGCAAGAAAACAACGCAGGAAGAGCGACGAUUCUCAGACUUGUGGGCGAGCUGGAGUCGGAAAAGGCCCGAAACGAAGUUUUGGCAAAAGGUCAAGAACAAAUAGCGAGCGAGCGGGAAAAUCUCACUUCGGAAAACAACAAAUUGCUAAAAGCUGUACGUGAUAUGGAAAAAGAAAUUGACAUGCUAGGUCAAAAACUGAGAGAUAAAGAUGCGGCUUUGGAGAAACAGCUUUCAAUGAUGCAGGUUCAAAUAACGACCGCAAGGCACGAGGUUUUGGACGCCAAAAAUGCUCAGACCGACUUAGAAUCGACUCACCAAACAGCUCUUUCUCAACUACGAAUUGAAUUGGAAAAGUUCCGUAAUGAUUUAGGAAACAUUUUCAAAAGCUUUGACAUAAACAUCGACUGCUCUGAUAACUCUCUAGUUCUUAGUACACUAAUGGAGAUCUUAAAUCAGUUCAAACAAACAAUUGUUGACAAACAAGGUGUCGAGAGUCAGUUGAAAUCUUUCCACGAAAACUCGGCAACCGAGCUUCAAAAGUACGAACUGAUGUAUAAAUGCGCGUCGUUGGCGGAGCAAAAGUUAGGAACAAAUUCUGAUCACAUCGCCGAAUUGGAAUCGCGAGUCACUUUUGCUCAAGCCGACGUUGAAGAGCUGGCAGCUCUUCGUGAGAAAUUCCACGCUUUCAUCGGCAAACUGUCUCAAAUUUUGAAACUUGAGUCAAUAAUGUCUGAAGUUGGGUUAGACUUAAACGUUGAUGCUGUUACUCAGCGGGUUCAAAAGCUUGCCGACCGCGAAGACGCGACUCUGAUCGAAAAGUCGAGUAUGAUUCGACGUCUUGAGAAAACGAAUCGGACUCUGAAAGACCAACUUGAAAGCAAAGAGUUGCAUCUGGACAUGCUGCGAAAGAAACUGGAAAAUGCAGACGAACAACAACCGGGAGGUCUUCACUACAUCAAUAGUCAAUUGCGAACGUCUCAGAAAGAGAACCAAAUUUUGACCAAUCAGCUGACAGCUGCGAAACGGAAAAUAAUUGAGCUGAAGUCAAUUUUGCAGAGUGUGAGAGAAGUUAAAUUGAGAAUCAUUUCAGGUGGUGAUCCCGGAAACGCUUUAGAUGUUGAUUGGGGAUCAGAAAACAACGAUGAAUCAUCAGAACCAGUAGUGCAAGACGGAGAGGAAUUUACCCAAAAAACCACUAAAACUGUCAAAGUGAAGCAGUUAGAAGAACCAUAUUUGAGGGUUGCCAGCGCUAAAAUACAUAACAAAUAGAAAUCAUGAUAGAUUUUGCAUAAAGAUUUUAUAAUCAAAAUAUAUGCAAACAUAAAUUUUGGAAUGUAGUAAUUGAUUUUUUGCCAGUCA